AUGAUGGGAAAACAAUUUACAUUUUAUCUUCUUCUGUUGUUUUCAUGGCUCAUGAUGAAUCAAGUAGCAUCAGAAAUACCAACAGCCAGGAAUGGCUGUCCUUCACACUGUGGAAAUGUUAGCAUCCCAUUCCCUUUUGGGAUCAAACCGGGCUGUUUCCUGGACGAAAGGUUCGAAAUCAUUUGCCAAAACAACAACUCAUCGAACACCGUUCCGAAACCCAUCUUGAACAGAACAAAGCUAGAAGUGAUUGAAAUCUCUGUCGAAGGCACUUUCCAGGUGAGGAACCCAAUCACCUUCUGGAAUUGCAGUGGUAAGCAAAUGCGCGAAAGCACCAACUUAGAAGGAAGCCCUUUUAAGUACUCUCAAAACAACAAGUUCGCAGCCGUUGGUUGCGGAGCCAUUGCUUUGAUGAAUUCCGGCGAAGCAUCCAUUGGUGGAUGCUCCUCCAUUUGUAAUGACACAGCUUAUGGUAAUAGCUGCAAUGGUAUAAAUUGCUGCCAGACAACCAUGCCAUCAAAUCUCAAAUCAUUCAACACCAGUUUUCUCGACCUUCCCGCAGAGGGUAGCGGAAAUCAAUGUAAGUUUGCAUUCAUGGCAGACCAACGAAAUUCGUCUUGCAAUGUUUAUAUUGUAAAUGUAAAUCAGCCAAGGCUUCAGUGCUCAUGCGGGCAAUGGAGCUUCGAAGGAAACCCGUAUCUUCUUGAAGGAUGUAAAGAUAUUAAUGUUUGCAAGAAAGAUCCUAAUUAUUGUGGCGAAGGCUAUAUUUGUACUGACUAUCCUGGAGGCGUUGGCUGCAGCCUUCCCGAACGCAAAAAGUCUCCACUGAAAGCGAUUUUAAUCGGUGUUGGCAGCGGCGUCCUUGGAUUGUUGUUUCUAUCAGCUUCAGCAUGGUUGCUAACCAAAUAUAUUAAAAAAAGACGCAGAGAAAAGUUUUUCAAACAAAAUGGUGGAUUGUUGUUACAACAACAAUUAUCUUCAGGGGAAGCCAAUAUUGAGAAAACCAAGUUGUUUAAAUCAGAUGAGUUAGAGAAGGCAACUGACCAGUUCAACAUGAACAGAGUUCUUGGCAAGGGAGGUCAAGGUACUGUUUACAAAAAAAAGUCUAAAAAAGUUGAUACAGUCAAAGUUACAGAGUUCAUUAAUGAAAUUGUCAUUCUUUCACAAAUUAAUCACAGGAAUGUUGUUAAACUAUUAGGAUGUUGUUUAGAGACUGAAGUUCCUCUGCUACUAGUUUAUGAGUUUAUACCAAACGGAACAUUGUUCCGGUAUAUACAUUAUCAAAAUGAGGACUUCCAACUAACAUGGGAAACGUGCUUACGAAUUGCAAAGGAAAUUGCAGGAGCUCUUUCCUACUUGCAUUCUGCCACUUCCUUUCCCAUUUAUCACCGUGACAUAAAGUCUUCAAACAUUCUGCUCGACGAAAAGUACAGGGCAAAAAUAGCAGAUUUUGGAACUUCAAGAUCUGUUACCAUUGAGCAAACACACCUCACCACCAUAGUAUAUGGCACAUUUGGAUACUUGGACCCUGAAUACUUCCAGUCAAGCCAGUUUACCGAUAAGAGUGACGUAUAUAGCUUUGGGGUGGUUCUUGCUGAGCUAUUGACAGGACGGAAACCAGUUUUUAUGCAGGCAGAGGAAGGAGGAAGUCUAGCAGCUUCUUUCAUUCUUUCCAUGGAAGAGAAUUGUUUGUUUGACAUUGUCGAUGCUCCAAUUUUGAAGGAAGCAACUGGCGAAAAAGAAGCAAUAAUGGCAGUUGCUAAACUUGCGAAAAGAUGCUUGGAUUUGAGUGGAAGGAAAAGGCCUUCGAUGAAAGAAGUGGCAAUGGAGCUGGAGAGAAUUCAAAAAUCAAUUAAAGCUUCUGAUUAUGUCGUGCAAAAUGUUGAAGUGGUCGAAUAUGACGGAAAUGAAAUGACAGCACCUUGGGAUGAUGUUUCUAUAUCGACAUGGUCAGCUUCCUAUGGUGGUAUUGCUUCCUCAUCAGAUAUGGAAGCACCUCUAAAUGAGAAACAUAUGGUUACUUAUAAGUAA